AUGGCUACUACCACCAGCACCACCGGCUCCACCCUGCUGCAGCCCCUCAGCAACGCGGUGCAGCUGCCCAUAGACCAGGUCAACUUUGUAGUGUGCCAACUCUUUGCCUUGCUAGCAGCUGUUUGGUUUCGAACUUAUCUACACUCAAGCAAAACUAGCUCUUUUAUAAGACAUGUUGUUGCCACCCUUUUGGGCCUUUAUCUUUCACUUUUUUGCUUUGGAUGGUAUGCCUUACAUUUUCUUGUACAAAGUGGAAUUUCAUACUAUAUCAUGAUCAUAAUAGGAGUAGAAAACAUGCACAAAUACUGUUUUGUGUUUGCUUUGGGAUAUCUUACAGUGUGCCAAAUUACCAGAGUCUAUAUCUUCGAUUAUGGACAAUAUUCUGCUGAUUUUUCAGGCCCAAUGAUGAUAAUUACACAGAAGAUCACUAGUUUGGCUUAUGAGAUUCACGAUGGUAUGUUUCGAAAAGAAGAAGAACUAACUCCAUCACAGAAAGGUUUAGCUGUAAGACGCAUGCCAAGUCUACUGGAGUAUUUAAGUUACAACUGUAAUUUCAUGGGUAUCCUGGCAGGCCCAUUAUGCUCUUACAAAGACUAUAUUACUUUCAUUGAAGGCAGAUCAUACCAACUGACACAGUCUGAAGCAAAUGGAAAAGAAGAAAUACAAUAUGAAAGAACAGAGCCAUCUCCAAAUGUGGCAGUAAUGCAGAAGCUCUUAAUCUGCGGGCUUUCCUUAUUAUUUCAUUUGACUGUCUCUAAAACAUUACCUGUAGAAUACAACAUUGAUGAUCAUUUUCAAGCUACAGCUUCGCUGCCAACAAAGGUUAUUUACUUAUAUGUCUCACUUAUGGCUGCCAGACCCAAAUAUUAUUUUGCAUGGACUUUAGCUGAUGCUAUUAAUAAUGCAGCUGGAUUUGGUUUUAAGGGCUAUGAUAAAAAUGGAGAAGAACGUUGGGAUUUAAUUUCCAAUUUGAGAAUCCAGCAAAUAGAGUUUUCAACAAGUUUUAAAAUGUUUCUUGAUAAUUGGAAUAUUCAGACAGCUCUUUGGCUUAAAAGGGUCUGUUAUGAAAGAGCCUCUUUUAGCCCAACCAUUCAGACUUUUAUCCUCUCAGCCAUUUGGCACGGCGUAUAUCCGGGAUAUUACUUAACAUUUUUAACAGGGAUGGUAAUGACAUUAGCAGCACGAACUAUGAGAAAUAACAUUAGACAUUACUUUGUUGAACCUCCAGAGGUUAAAUUAUUUUACGAUGUUAUAACAUGGAUAGCAACUCAAGUAGCAAUAAGUUACACAGUUGUACCAUUUGUACUUCUUUCUAUAAAACCUUCCAUUUUGUUUUUCAGCUCCUGGUAUUAUUGCCUUCACAUUACUGGCAUCUUGGUAGUGGUAUUGUUGCCAGGAAAAAAAACUAACAGAGGAAAGAAAAUACAGCAAGAAGACCACCUCUCACAAUCCAAAAAAUUAGAGGAAGAAGAAAGUCCUUUGGGACUGAACAGUUAUUUAGCAACAAAUAACAUCCGCAAUCCACAGCAAAAAAUAUCUCCCAGAUAUUCAGCACUAAAACAAUGAUGGAGAGAAUAUUAAGCUGGCUAUUUUUCAUGUUUUCAGAAACCAGUUUUAGCACCUUUUACAGAGGUUUGUAUUCAACUGAAACAAAAUUAAGUGACAAAAAGGACAUAAAUAUAUAUAUAGGGAAUAUCUUGUAUAAUAGACUGCAAGUAGAGUGAAUUAACCCCUCUUGUGCCAUGUCCCUGUGGGUCAUGCCUUAUAUGAAAAUAUUUCCAUUAUUUCAAUGGGCACUCAGGACUUCAGCGUAUGUCCAUAGGGUCAUAUGUGUGCCCCUUUGACGAAUAUACGUUGUGUAUCCUAAGGCACUGAGGGGGUAGAAACAAUUGUGUCGAUCUAGAUGAAGAGAGGGAAAUUUAACUUUUCCAGAUGAAUGCUUUGCCUUAAACCCUCUAUUUACUGAAUUAAUUGUUUCUAAAUGGUAUUUUCAUGUUUAAUAUUUGUGUAAAAAGCAGAUUUCAGAUAUUUAAUGUUAAAUGCUGUAAAGGAAAUUAGAAGGAAGAAUUUUAAUCAGAGCAUUGUAAAUGGUUUGUAAAAUGCAAUAAACAUCUCAGUAUUUCGAGGGUUUUCUUACAGUUAUCUCAAAACAACUUAAGCAGAUUGUGGAAUUGUAAACAUUACCAAUGCCAAAAUAUAGGUAGUCUAGAUUGGCUGAUUUUAAUUAUAUUGUAUCAGUCAGAGUGAGCCCUUCUAAGAAGAUUUUCUUAAACAUAUAAUUUAAAUAUAGCGAAACUGAUAUUUUAAGUUUUUUUUUUACUUUUUAAAAAAAGAAGAAAACACUAAGUGGACCUUGCAAUUAGAGACAAGUUGGCAAUCAUAGGACCCAGAUCAAUAUAUUGUAAGUACCAGGUGCUCAGCAGAAGUGCUACUUACCCCUACCAUGUCUGAAUUUAUUUUAUUAUUGUAUUUAGGAUAUUCACAGAUUUAACAACUAAAUUACUUUAGAAUUUUUAAACUAAAGUUUAUCAGGCAUAAAACGUAUAGAAUUAGGAAAGGACUAUUAAAUAAUAGAGCUUAAACAGUAUCAUGGAAGUAAGUAAAACAUUUUCACUUGGUUAAGAAUAAAAACAAGCUCCCUUAGUCUAAUCAUCGAACUAUCUGCCUCUUAAAUAUAACAGCCUAAUUCAUGUUUUGAAAAGUUUAAGGGGAUUUAUAUGACACUGUUGGUAGAAAAAAAUAUACCACAUCUUUAGAAAAGCUUAUACAAGUAAUAUUUAGAACUAUUUAGAUAUUGUAUAAAGUGCUGUCAUUUAGCACCUUUCAAUUGGAUUUUUAAGUUCUGUGAGUACAAAAAUAUGUUUUGCUUUAGUUUGGGCCAUUUUCACGUACUUACAAUUCCCUUGAAA